AUGGCAGCGGCGGUGGAUGUAGGCUACGUGGCCGGCCACCUAGGGCUGUCCGAGUCGACGGUCUCGACAGCCACAACCGACCCGACCCCCGAGCUCGUCGCGAGCCUCCUCGAAGCCGUCAUUGCGAAGGCACGCGAGUACGAUGAGUUAUAUGCUCAGAAGCUUCAGGUCGACAUCGAGCUCGAAAGCGCACACCACAGCGCCGAAUCAAGAUGCCAGACAUUCAAGGCGACAGCCGACAAGGCCCUGAAGGAUGUCGAGGAGAUUCGCCAGAAGCUCAAAGAAGAAGAAACAAAGCGACAAACAGUCGAGAACGAGCUCCAGUCGCUCAAGUCCCGCGGAUCCGAUCACGACUCCGAGAUCACUACUCUCCGCGACCGCGUCGAGUCCCUACAAUCUUCCAAUCGCGCGAAUAUGGCUUUGCUUGAGUCUCGAAACGCCCGCGAUUCAGAGCUGUCUGAAGAGUUGGCGAAGCAGCACCAGAAGAACGUCCAACUCCAAAAGGAGAUCACGGCUCUGCAGCAGUCGGUUCAGGCUGCUCAGGCCGCUGUGAGUAGCGCAAAGUACCGAGAGGAGUCACUACAACAACAACUCGAUCUUGCUCGACGCAAUGGCGAAUGGUUCGAGACCGAGCUCAAGACCAAGAGCGAAGAAGCUCUCAAGUACCGCCGCGAGAAGGGCGCUCGGAUCGCCGAAUUACAACGACAAAACGAAGACGCGAAAUCUAGUAUCGAAUCCCUGAAGCGGGGUGAACAACAGCUCCGAGAUCGCCUCGACGCAGCUCAAGCCAAGGCGGAAGAGGCCCUCACCAAGGUCCAGCAACAACAGGAAGCAUUCGCCCGCAGCGAGGAGAGCUACAAGCACGAGAUCGAGAGCAAGCAGCGCGUCGUUGAUAUGACCAACCAACUUGCCGACAGUCACAAGGCCCGUGUGCAGACCCUGGAGGGCGAGAAGGAAGCCUUGAAGGAGAAGCAUGCAAACGAAGUCCGUCGCAUACAGCACGAGCUCGAACGCGAGAGGGAGACUUGCCGUGCCCUGGAGGAACGGGUGACUCAGCUUGAGGGCGAGGUCGACGAGCUUCACGCCCGCAUUGAACAAGGACCCCCACCGGGAUCUGCACCUCAGACACCCCGUAUGAAUGGAUCCCUUCUCGGAAGGCCUGCCUCGCCUUUUGCUACUCCUGCUUCUGCGCGAAACAAGUCCGCCAUCACCGCAACACAGGCUAUCGACGAAUUGUACAAGGUCAAGGGGCAGCUGGCCGGAGAGAAGCGCCGUAAUCAACAACUCGCCGAGGAGCUCGACAAUAUGAUUGCUCUGUUGGAAGCCAAGACACCCGAGAUCGAGGAGCUCCAGAAUGAGGCCGAUACCCUGAGGUCCGAAAUUACUAGGAUGUCCGAACUAUCUCAGUCAAGCUUCGAAGAGCGCGACGCAGCAAAGAAGAGCGCGCGAAAGGCUGAGAGUGCCUUGGCCAACGCUCAGGCCGAGUCCAAGAUCCUCCGCACACAACUUCGUGACCUCAGUACACAGAUCCAGAUGUUGGUCUUCAACAUGCAUGCCCGCGAAAAGGGCUUGGAGCAGCUGACUCGCGAGGAGACGGUCCGCCUGGAGCAACUUUCCCGUGGAGAAAUCGCCGAGGGCGCUCUCAACGACAUGUCGGAUACCCACCAGUUCAUUACCCAGAAGUUCGUCGUCUUCAAGGACAUUCAGGAGCUGCAAGCCAAGAAUCAAGAGCUUCUGAGGGUAACCCGCGAGCUGGCAGAGCAGAUGGAGAGCGAGGAGGCUGUUGCCGCCAAGAGCCAGGCUGUGGAAGAUCACCAAUCGGUUGAGCGACUGCAACAAGAGCUCGCCAACAUGAUUGAAGAGACCAAGUCCCUGAGAUCAACAAUGGAGAGCUUCAAGUCCGAGCGCGACAUGUUCAGACGUCUCCUUCAGCAAAAGGCCUCUGCCGGCGAGCUCGCUUCUAUCCUUGGCUCCGACGACGGCCAGCGCCUCCCCCUCACUAGUAUCGAGACUGAGGAAGGCGACGGCCUGUCUCCACAAGCUGCGCUGCGUAAUCUGCAAGUCGAAUUCGACACUUACCGAAACGACGAGGAAUCCGUCCGUCGCUCCUUGCGGGAGCAGAUUGACAGGCUUUCAAGCGAGAAGAAUUCCCUCCAGGGCGAGGUUGCAAAGAUCACCAGCCAGAUUACCCUUGCCUCCGAGAGAUACGAGAUGCUCCACUCCAAUUUUGUUGCGCUGCAGAGCGAGAACAAGGAGAUUCAGAAGCGCAACCAGACGCUCUCAGAAGACUCCAUCAAGCACGAAAUCCGAACCCAGCAAGUUGCCGAAGAACUCAUCGAUGCCAAGGGCUUGCUCGAGAGCGUUCGAAACGAGGCGGCCAACCUCAAGGCAGAGAAGAAGUUAUGGAAGGACAUCCAGGAUCGUCUCAAUCAAGACAACGAGAGUCUUGUGCAGGAGAAGACGAGACUCAACAAUCUUUUGGCAAGCCAGCAAUCCAUGCAGAACGAGCGAGACAUUUCUGAGUCUGAGUACAGGCGGAAAGCUCAGUCCAAGAUCGACAAUCUUGAACAAGAGCUGAACAGCACGAAGCGCAAGCUGUCUGAUGAAAUGGAAGAAGGCAAGAAGCUUCAGCUCAGGAAGGAGUUCGAUGCUCGCGAAGCCCAGAAGCGCAUCGAUGAGCUCUCUACCAGUCUGAGCCAGAUUCGCGAGGAGCACGUCGCUGUUAAGACCAGCCGCGACCACCUGCAAGCUCGCGUUGAUGAGCUCACCAUCGAACUUCGCAAUGCGGAAGACAGAGCUGGUCGCCUGGCGCCCCGGCCAACGCCAAGGCCCGGCACGAUGGCACCUCCUACCCAGACUGACCAAGACAGCGAGGCCGAGGUUCGCGAGUUAAUCAAUGAGGUUUCCGACCUCAAGAGGGAGCUUGACAUCGCCAAGUCUCAGCUCGAGAAUGCCAGGGAACAGACAGAGCAAUACAAGCAACUCAGCGAACAAAAUGAAGAAGCUCUUACCGAAUUCACAACCACCACAGAGCAAUUCAGGGAGGAGAUGGAUGCUGCGUUCGCGGCCAAGGACGCCAAGAUUAAGGAGUUGGAGCAGCGUGUUGAAGAUCUGUCAUCGGAACUCGCUAGCUCCAACAAGGAACUGUCCCACCUCCGCGACUCCCAAGCCGAAGUUGCCCGCACGUACGAGGAUGAGAAGACGAUUCUGGACGAGGAAGUGAAGCGUUUGAAGGAAGAAGCGGACCGCCACUCAGAAGCCGCCAAGUUCCACCAACAGGACCUUCGUGCUCAGUCAGAGAUCACCGCCAAGGCUCAACAGGACUACGAACACGAACUCGUCAAGCACGCCGAGGCUGCGAAGCUCGUCCAACAGUUGCGCACCGAGUACAACGAGCUCAAGAGCCAGACGGCGACUCUGAGAGCCGAGGCGGAGUCGGCCAAAGUUGCCCUGUCUCAAAGUGAAAGUUCCUGGGAAGAGAGGAAACAGCGAAUCGAGCAGGAAAUGUCAGAAAUCAAGGCUCGCCGCGAUGAUGUCAACGCACAGAACAAGCUUCUGCACGAGCAGCUGGAGAGCAUCACGAAGCAAUUCUCUGCGCUCAAGGAGGGUCGCAAUGCGGCGGCCGGGGACGGCAACGAUAGCGCGGAAACUAGCAGCGACGGUGCAGCCGACGGUCUUCGGGAACUCAACAAUUAUCUAAGACGGGAGAAGGAGAUCUUGGAGGUGCAGUACGACCUCAAGGUGCAGGAAUCCAAACGCCUGCAGCAACAGCUCGAGUACUCCCAAUCCCAGCUCGAUGAGGCUCGGUUGAAGCUCGACCAGGAGAGACGCUCACAAGCUGAGAGCGGCCAAGCCUCCGUUGCCCACAAGGAUCUGAUGGAUAAACUCAACGAGCUCAACCUUUACCGUGAGAGCAGUGCCACCCUCCGCAACGAGCUCGCCCACGCCCGGACGCAAAUCUCCGAGAAGAACACCAGGAUCGAGGAAUUGGAAGGCAAGGUACAGCCUCUGGAGGCUAGGAUCGAGGAGCUCCAGACUCAAAAGGGCUUCCUCGAGGAAGAAAUCAAGCAAGUUCAGGAGGACCGCGACAGGUGGCAGAAGCGAACCGAGGGCAUCCUUACAAAGUACGGCCGCGUUGAUCCCGCCGAGAUGGAGCAACUCAAGCAGACCAUCAAUGAUCUGCAGGCCGAGCGCGACGCUCUCAAGGAGUCUGAAGGCCCUCUUCGAGCAGAGUUCGAGGAGAUAAAGCAGACAUUGGAGACGGAGAGGACCAAUUGGGCGAACGCUCGCCAACGCAUGACCGAUCAGUUCAAAGAGCGGUCACGUAAGAUCACUGGCGAGAAGAAUGAGGCAAUUGGUGCACGGAACGAGGCGGUCACGGAGAAGGACGCUGCGAUUGCUGAGCGUGAACAACUGCAGCAGCAACUCAACUCUAUGAACACCGAGCUCGAGACAACAAGACAGAAUUUGCAGACGACAACACAGCAGCGUGCGGAGUUUGAGCAGCAAGUCAAGAACUUCCAGCAACAGGUACAAAGGCUACAGCAGGAUGCUCAAGCCAACCAAUCUAGCGCGCCACCUCCUGCCGCUCAACCCACGACAGACGGGUCUCCACCAGUAUCUUCGGAAGUAGUCGCCCAGUUGGAGCAGCAACUCGCCGAGAUGCGAACCCAACUGGAAGCCAUCUCAGCCCAAAAGACGACCGCCGAGCAGGAGCUUGAGGCCCUGCGAUCGCAACUGCAGACAGCCGUCUCCGAGAGAGACCAGGCUGUCGAGGCUGCACAGCAGGCUGCCCAGGCGCAGCUUCAGCCCGCCGCCCAGUCGACGGCGGAGCCUGUUGCCACAAACGGCGCGAGUGGCUUAUCCGACACUGAGCGGAAGGCUUUAGAGGAGAAGAUUGCUACCGCCGAAGCCAAGGCUACAGAGGCUGACCGCAAGGCGAAGGAGCUCGAAGAGAACAUCACCCAGACCAUCAAGGAGCGGUCUGAUAAGAUGCGCAACGCACUCAAUGAGAAGCUACGCCAGUCUCGCGAGAAGAUGGAAGCCGAGUUCGCCACGAGGGUAGAGCAAGAAAAGGUCAUUUGGAAGGCUGAGCAGCAAGGCGCCGCACCUGCUAAGCCUGCGGGAGAACAACCGGCUGUGCCUGCGACGCCCAUCAAGCAGCAAGACCCGGACGCAGCUCCGGCAACGCCAAUGACCGGUACACCUGCUGGUGCUGCGGAUCUAUCUCAACUCCCCGAUGCCGAGAUUCGGAAGUUCCUUUCUACCAAUGCUACCGUGCGGAACAUUAUGUCGGGAAAUCUUAGAAAGAAACUCGAGGAACAGACUGCCAAGGUUAAAAACGAGACAGAGACGAGUAUGAGAGCCGAGUUCGAGCAGAGAAUCGCAAACGCUCGCGAGGAAGGUCAGCUGCUGGCACAGAAGAAGUCUGCGCUGCAGAUCAACAUGAAGGACAAUCAGCUCAGAGGUGCCAACGCCAAGAUCGAAGUCGUGUCCACGGCCGCAACAAAGACACCUCAAAGACCCGUUGGGGAAGUUUGGGAGGAAGCUAAAGUUGCCAAACCAGCUCCCGCCGCGCCGCAGCAAAGCCCGGCGAAGCUCGCUGGCAACGCACAACCCGCCGCACCCCGUCCUUCGAUCUCGGCGCCCUCGGCUGCCACACCAGCCCAAGCUGCUGCCCCGACACCUGGUGAGUUUAUCCAAAUGAACGUGCAACACUCUACUCUUUCCAACCGUCCUCAAGCCCCACCAGCCUCAACCAACCAAGCACAACCAUCAACCGGGGCUGCUACUAGCGGAAUCCCUGCGCCGGGCAGUAGCAUCCCUCAGAAGAGACAAAUACCUACUCCUGGGGACACCAAGCCGGCAGCCAACAAUGCUGCAGCGAACCCGUUCGCGGCCGGUGCUGCUAAUGGCACUCCGGCCCAGGCCAACCCGUUCUCACAGAGUACACAAGGACAGCAGCAGCAGCAAACACCACAACAGCAACAGAACCCCUUCGCUUCCAGUACACAAGGGGCACCGGCGGGUCAGACCGCACCGCAAGGUCAUGGGCUACCGCAACCACCGGCUCAGGCUGCUCCAGGCCAAAGGAGUGGCAUCCCUCUUCCAGGACGAGGCGGUGCAGCUGGUCGUGGUCGGGGUGGCGCUUACGCUGCCGGAAAUAGGGUGUCAAGCGGUGGUCUAGCAGGACGUGGCGGACGUGGUGGUGGCCGAGGAGGACAAAAUGCCGGCUCGUUGAACCCUGGUGCCAACGAUUUCCAGCCUGGUAACAAGCGGCCUAGAGGAGAUUCCGAAGCCGGCGGAAAUGCUGGUGCGAAGCGAGCCAGAGGAGGUGGACACUGA